GUCUCCACCAGCUCCUGCCUCUCAAUCAUUAGCUUCUCCUCCUCUCCCUCCUUCUCUGAAUGUGUUUCAGAUAGAGAGUAAAUUAUAAUAAUAUUAAGAGACUGAUACAAACACCAUUUUUUCUCUCUUCCAAAAAAAACAACCAUGUCUAAUAACAACAACGAGGGAGUUAUGAUCUCUAAUGGAUCUCUCAUCGAACACCAGAGACAACAUCAACAACAACAACAACAACAGCAGCAGCAGCAGCUGAAUCAGAAACAAUCUUCAGACGGAGGAGCUCUCGCCGUGAAGAAACCUCCGGCGAAAGACAGACACAGCAAAGUCGACGGGAGAGGGAGGAGGAUCCGGAUGCCGAUCAUCUGCGCGGCUCGCGUGUUCCAGCUGACGAGAGAGCUCGGCCACAAAUCCGACGGCCAGACGAUCGAGUGGCUUCUCCGCCAAGCCGAGCCGUCGAUCAUCGCCGCGACGGGAACCGGCACGACUCCGGCGAGUUUCUCCACCGCGUCGGUCUCGGUCCGGGGAAACUCCACCGUUAUCUCCGCUUCCGCGAACUGCGCUCUGUCCUCGUCUUCCUUGGACCACAAGCCUCCUCCUCUGCUGGGCUCCUCGCCGUUUAUACUCGGGAAACGCCUGAGGGGCGACGAGGAUUCCGGUAAAGAGGAGACAAUGGGGUCUUUUGCUACUCCGGCUGGGUUCUGGGCGGUUCCGGCGAGGCAGGAUUUCGGACAGGUCUGGAGCUUUGCCGCUCAUCAAGAGAUGUUCUUGCAACAACAGCAGCAGCAACCAGCAGCUGCUGCGCUAUUCGUUCACCAGCAGCAACAGCAACAGGCAGCGAUGGGUGAAGCUUCGGCAGCUAGAGUCGGGAACUAUCUUCCGGGUCAUCUUAAUUUGCUUGCUUCUUUAUCUGGUGGAGCUCCCGGGUCGGGUCGGAGAGAGGAUGACCAGCGUUGAUGAAGUUGAGCUCUUAUUUAGUUUGAAGGUUAUUUUCUUGGGGUUUCGCGUCAAGAUUUUGAAUGCAGGAACAGAGGAUUCAGUAGAAAAAGACAAAAAGCAGAUGUGUCAUCUGACUGAAAUCUCUUCUUCAGACUUUUAUUUAUUUCUCAUCUCGUAAGAAUUUAUGUCAUGUGUUUGGAAGAUUGGUUUGUCACGUUAGUCAGAUAAAAGAUUGACUCGUAUCUCUUUUUUCUUACUGCUGAAAAGUUAAUACCAAAAGGCGACAUGACAUUUCGAAUCAA